AUGGUUUUAUACAAGAGGAAACCCAUCAUAUUGCCACCACCCAAACCAUUACCGUCAGAUCUAAACAUGUAUGUGUGGCACAUAGAUGAAACCGGUGAAUGGUUCCCCAAUUACGAAGAAUAUGUGCAAAGAUUAGAUUUUUAUACGAGACAUCACUUCACAUGUGAGAUUACUGGGACAUCAUGCCUAACUUUCUUUGAAGCAUUGGACAGUGAAGAAUCUCAAUUUAAAUUAGUGGAGGAAAAAUUCCCAUUGAAAUUACGAGAACCUAUUGCCAGAUUCUUACAUUUUAAUGGAAUUAGAAGAUUAGAUGCUCUAGUGGAAAAAGUGUACGCCAAAUUUAAAAAUGAUUUCUUCCCUGGAGAAAUCGUAUUCUUAAGAAGAAAUAAGGAAACAACGCAAAAUUCAACAACUUCAAAUGGAAAUUCAACAUCAAAUUCUCAAAAUGGAACGCCACAACCACCUAUUGAAUAUCUGAUAGAACCGGGACCACCAGGUUCAAAUACAACGACACCGAACAAUGCAACCUCACAAUCUCAUCAUUUAGCUCAAAAACCAUACAUCAUUAAAGAAAAGGUACAAUUUAAUCCAACCAUUGAUCCAGUAACACAGGAAGUCUUGGUACCGGGUCAUGCUAAAUAUAUGUUAGUGGAAGAUGAUGCAGAAAGUUCAUCUAAUAAUAAAUCUUUUGUCGCUGACCAAGAUCAGAUAUAUAGAGAUCGUUCCACUUUUACUAAACAUUUAAUCAAAUGCUUCUUUAAGAUUACUUUACAAAGAGCAUCUACAAAGAUGGGAUCACCUUGGUGUGUUAAGAGAGAAUAUUUACAAAUGUAUGGACUAACUAUGGAUUGGCCCGCCGAUAUGUUAAAGUAUAAAGAAGAUGAAGUCCCACUACAAAUUCUAGUCCCACCUGAUACCAUCUCAACGAAAUCCACAUCAGCAACUGAUGAUGCAGCAAUAUCAAAUGCAGGCAGUAACAUGGUGGAAAAUGUGAAAUCUAAAAAGGACAAGAAUAAAAAAAGAGAUGACAAUUUGGAUGAAACUGAUAUUGAAAUGGAUAAUGAAACUCAGGCACCAAAACCCAAAAGAAGACGGAAAAAUAAAGUCAAAGAGGAAGAAUCUGCUCUUGACGACCAAUCUGGUAAUACAACGAAAGAAACAAAUACCUUUAAGAAGGAGGAAAGUCCGACGGGAACAGCAUCUACCACACACCAACCAACACCAGUAUCCAUUACAAGUAUCAUGGAUGAUUUACUUCUCCCCUACCAGGGACCACCUCCAUCAUUUUUACAGAAUCUCACUUAUUACAACAAAAAUUUAGAAUGUCUUCCGGUGACACUUCAUGAAGUGAAUAAUGGGGUCAAUUCCAAGUUUAAAAGAUUUUAUGAUUUCCAAAAAGUUUUACAAGUUUACCAAUUUAUUAAUAAUUUUAAUAACAAACUUUACAUCUCAUAUUUCAAUCUCGAUGAAUUUAUAACGUCGUUAAAAUGUACUGAUCCGUACGAAUUGAAAGGUGAAAUCGUUAAAGUUUCAUUGAAAUCUCAUGAAUCUGAUUCAAAAGGUGAUAAUGCCAUCUCAACAGAAGAUGAUUGGCAAAGAAAUCCAAAAAUGAGAGAUAUGAUACGUUCACGUGAAUCAGAGGAUAUAUCAUACAUAAUCCAGAAAGAUGACCCUGCUAGUGAUGAUGUACUAGAUGAUUUCAAUAACAAUGGAUCCGCUUUAAUUAUCGAAUGUUUUGUCAGCUUGAUUCGUUUAUUCGUUGAUGAAGACGGAGAAUCUACGUGCGUGAUAAUAGAUGAUUGGUUAACUGAUGAGAAUGAUGAAAAUGAAGAAGAAGAAGAAGAAAACUCUCUCUUAGAAAAAGUUUUAAAUUAUAGAAAUGUUAAUUGGGUGGAAAGAUUAAUGAAACGACAAUUCAAUAACGGAUACUGGUUAAUAAUUCUUCUAGGUAUUCUUCAAGAUAGCUCCAGGAUACCUAAAUAUGGUUCAUUCAUCAAAUCAUUUAGCUCGAAAAUAAUUCCAAAUGAUGUAUCAUCUACUCAACUACAAAAGCAAUUAUGGAGAAAUUUUUGUAGAAAAUUAAGCCUUCAAGAUAAAUUAGAAGCACUAUGGAUUCUUGUUGAUUUAGCCUCAAAUUCCGCCAUUGAUAUCAAAAAUGCUGUUGAUGACUCCAUGGAUUUAUGUACCCUCAUUAGGAGUGAAAGGUUCCGUGUCUCAAGAGACCUUAAAGCAGAACAAAAUAUUCUCGAGUCAAUGAGUGAAGAGGAUCCAAAUUUACAGGAGCAAAAAAAGAAAGUAGAUAUUCUACAGAAUGAUAAGCUCAUUUUAGACAAGAGACUGAUGGAGAAUGAUUUACAGAGAUCAAAACAUAUUGGUACCGAUCGAUAUGGUAAUAGAUAUUUUUGGUUGGAUUUGUCAGGUGUCCCAGUAGAGGAAUUCGAUCCAGAACACAAGAGUUCGUACCAUACGGGAAGAUUAUGGAUUCAGGGACCGACAGAAUCAGCCGCUAAAUUUUUCUUAAAAAUUACAGAUGAAGAAUUGAACUCCUGGAAAAAACUAUCAUCUGAGAAAAAUAGAGUAAUUGCAACAAAAGAAAUCUUCAAACUGUACAGGACUGAAGAUGGUAACUAUUGUACGAUGGAAAAUGACCAAGAAAUUAUAUUGGUCACUUCGGAUGGUUUAAUAAACUCGUCAGUUGAACUUUCACCAAUCCAACGAAAAAUAAUUGAUGAAACACCAGAAUGCCUCUUGCUUGAUGAACACCAAUGGUAUUCAGUGGAAGAUGUGGAUGAUCUAAAUAAUAUAAUUAAUUGGUUUGAGACAUGGGGGAGGAGGGAACAUGAUUUAUUACGCCAACUGAAGCCAAUUGCACAUUAUCUCGAGGCAUCAAUAAACAUCAGAAACAGUGCACUUGCUCUGAACGAUAGCCACGAUGAGGAGCUAAAGUUGAUGAAAGAUUUGAGUGAGAAUGAACUAACUGUCUCAGAAUUAGGUUUAGAUAAGAUAUCAAAUAUAGAAGCUACAUCAACUGCAGAACAGGAGAAUAUAAAGAACGAGGAACUUGAAGAUUCUAAGUUAGAGCAAAUUGAAAAUGACUUGGAAACCAUAGCAGACGACAUUAUGAAACUUGAUGAUUUAUCUAAGACAAGAAAAAAUAUAAAUGCCAUUGCCGAUUUGGAAUCACAAAGAGAUGCUUUGCUAGAAGAGAAACAAAAUAUCAUAAAUUCCCAGUCGCUUGGUGCUAGAAUAUUGGCACGUUCAGAGAAGAAGAGAGCUAGAUUAUCUAGAGCAAAUAAGUUAAAGAAACAGGCUGAGAUUUUGACUGAUUUACUUAAUUAUAGACAUUACCAUAACAUGGAGGCUACAAUGAAGUGGGAGAACCAAUUGGCGAAGAAAGCAUGGGGGACUCCAUUGCGAAAAAAUGCAUCAAAUAAGAAAGGCUCCAAUAAUAUCAUCGAAACAACUGAUGAAAAAUUAACGGAAAUUCUUAAUGAAACCUCAAGAACAUCGAGCCCAUCACUUUCCACUUCAGGACAAUAA